AUUCUCACCAAACUCACGAUCCCCCACAUUCCACAGAUCCUUUACGCGGCACGAUCACGGCAGUAUGGAUAACUCGGCAUCGCAGCAACAGCAGGAUGGUGGCGUGCAGAGCAGCCCUAACGACUCCACCAAUACGCCGCAGGCGCAGCAGGAGGAACCACACCCGGUCGUUAUAAAUCCAGAGGACUCCUCAGAGUGGGAGACAGAGCCUUCAGACACUGGCGGUGAGGGCGAUAUGGACGAGGAUGAGGAUGACGACUUUAUGGACGACGAUGGCUUUUUUCCUGACGAUCCAGACAGAAAUAUUGAUAUCGAGGCCCUCACGCCAUCCGUCCGGGCUAACAGGCGGCCCAAUAUCGACGACGAUACCUGGUCAGAGUUCAGUGGCGAUGAAAAGUAUGAGCCAAAGGCUUCAUACGACAGUGAGCCUGGCGGAGGUGAUCGGGAUAUGGUUGAUGCCAAUCCAGAGGAGAUGCCUAUAUUUUCUGAGAGGGGAGAGCGCAAUUUGACACACAGUAUCCGGCAACUCAUGCUCAACCUGACCAAGGGUCGUAAGGAUCGCGAAAGAAAACUCAGGAUUGAAGCAUGGCGAGAGGGCGCAUUUGCGGCAACAUCAUCGUCCUUGGCAUCAGCAACUUCACCUAGUUCAUCAUCCUCGACAUCUCCAGCGAGCGGGGCAUAUCUAUAUCGAUUGAUGGUUCGCGGAACGGCCUAUCCUCAGGAAGUAGAACAUUCGCCUGCAGUCACUUUCCAUCGCCAAUGCGCCAACUCCCUUACGGUUACGCCGUCUCCAAUGGGCGUUAUGGACGAUAUCUUUACUCUCAACGUUGAUUCGAUUAUGCGCUGCGGCGUACUCGACAAGAUGACAAUUACCACUUAUCGCAAGCGAAUGAUGGCAUCCAUGGGCAAUGAUCCCACAUAUGACGAUAUUGCAGCCCGCCGUAUUUUCCAGCACGAUAUCGAGGGUCUAAAGACGGUCAAGGCCACGAAGUUCCUAAGGAACUCAUUGUACCAAUUCAACCAGCUUCCGCCCUCGGAACACUAUGUCCCGAUCGACGAGAACGAGAAUCCCAUCUGCAUGGCUCACAAGUACGGCUAUCUCGCUAUGGGCUCGCACGAUGGCACAUUGGUGGUCUAUUGCACGGAUAUCGAGGGCGAGCCAUAUGAAAUCCAUAACGACAAACUUACGGAGUCCCUGCGUUUCGUCAUGCUGAGCAGCAUCCAAAUUGUUCGUUGGCCGCGGUAUUAUCGGAGCAGGACGAUGACGGACGAAAGCGACUUGGGCGCGACAGACUGGAACAACAGUACAGAAGAACUGGACCAAGAUGGGGAGGAAUAUGAUGAAAAGGAUGGUUAUCCGACAAAACCUGGGCAGUUUGAUCAUUAUCUGAUCAUGACGGGUAACAACAGUGGUCUGUUUAUCGCCUCCCUUCCGGAUCAUCCUGAACGAAAGGAUCAGCGGUUGCCACGCAACUAUGAUUACUACUCUGAAGACAUGCACGAGCACCGGUACAAAUUCAAGGAUGAUCGUACAUGGAUUCGGACAGGAUUUCAUGAAGAUGCAUUAAACGACGCCAGGGUUUCACCAAACGGACGCUGGAUUGCAGUUGUCGGAGAUGCGAGCAAGAUCUGGACGCUUGAGGUCACUCAUGUGCCCGAAACUGAGAAGCAGCGCGAGCAGAGAGAACAGGAGAUCAUGAUGGAGGAUUUGGAAACGGACUCAGAAUACGCGACCGACGAAUCCACGUCAGAAAUAGAAGAGAAGAACGAUAGUACCGAUGCACUUGGGGCAGCACGCGGGGAGAAGCGGUCUCGGAGCGCAGACGACGAUCUAUCUGAUUCCGAAGACAGCUCGUCCUGGACCCCAAAACUCAGGGGAGCACGGAUACCACGACUUCUUCAUCAAUUUGGUACUCCAGUCGAGAUGCAUAUUCCGGAGAAGGCUCUGAAAAUAUCUCAGACAAGACGCGGCACUAGGCGAUGGGAUUUACAGGAAAGAUACAGUUCUCAAUACGUGACAUGGAACGCGACUUCGACCAAGCUUGCGCAUUCGUCCGACGUGUCCUCAUGCGUGCUCGUGUGGUCGAUGCCCUCUCGAGAGAUCGUCUGCUCUGUGGAUACUGGUGGACCUAGCUACGGAAUUGACUUUCACCCGAGGUUGGAGAAUUUGUUUGCGGUCGCGAACUGGUAUGGUUUCGUGCAUGUGGUGGAUGUGACAGGAUGUUGCGUUGGUGACGAGGAUCUUGUCCCGGACGAAGAGCACUAUAACGGCAAGAUAACUCAGGGCCCUGGAUUAAAUGGCUGUGAGGGUCCCCACUAUGAGGAGAAGCACGACAUCCUCAUGCUCUCAUUCCGAGGUGAGAGUGACAAAAGUCUGCGCAUCCUGGAUGCUAUCCGUGGCCUUGGAUGGAGCACAGACGGACGGCAUUUGUAUGUGGCGACACUUCGACGCGUGCUGCAGUUCGAAUUGGCGGACAAUGAUGUGCGGAUCCCAAGUCUUUUCCAGCUGUGCGCGCGCAAGGUGCGGGAAUGGAAGGAACGGGUUCAUAGCCAGAAAUACACGCAGGAGUCUGAGGCGAAGAUCAACAUGGCGUUUAAACCGAUUCCGGAAGAAUGGGAGUACGUGCCUUAUUUCGUCAAGCGUCGGAUCUGGGGUGACCUGUUCCUAAUGCGUUCACACGACGAGUGAACAGGCGUACGUUAUAAUAAAAAACAAUAAGAAAAA